AUGCAGAUAAAGGAAGAAGCCGCGGGCAACGGGGACAUGCUAAGCGAGCUGCCCAAUGACGUGCUGCUUAACAUCCUGGAGAGAUUGGAAACACUCGACGCCCUGAGAGCAUGCAUCAUCUCCAAGCAAAUGCAGAAACUACCUCCCAUGCUCUCGCAGAUCGUCAUUGUUCUCGGCAACCUCGAAUUGGCCCGAAAGAAUAGUGUGGUGGCUGACGUGACCAACAAGAUCCUGAGCAAGAGGUCUCCACAGAUCACCAUUCGUAAGCUGAAGGUUAAAGUAUUCUUGACUCCUAAUGACUGUCGCUCCAUUGGCAAAUCUGUUGGCCUCGCCAUGGCGACCCAGAAAGUGGAUGCAGCUGAGUUUGAAAUUGUGACGCCCAAGAAUUCUUAUUAUUGCAAGGAUGCCGACCUCCUGAACUUUGCUAGGCAGUUCAACACGUUUUUUGCUGAUUGUCCCGAUGCAUUCUCGGGUCUCACGCGACUGGAACUGCAGAAUCUGAGGUUUGGUGAAUCAGACAUACCCAACAUCCUUAGCACCUGCAAGCGGUUGGAGUCCUUGUUUUUCUUCGAGUGUGACGCAGGGAUUCGGUCGGUGCUGCAUGUAGAACAUGCUGAACUCAUUGAGCUUGGUAUUACCUAUGGGAAAUUCAAAACAGUGAAGCUCGACUGUCUACCAAAGCUCCAACGGAUGACCUAUAGUUGGUUCCUUGAUGAAAACCCCUUGGUUCUUGGUUUUGUCCCUCAGCUUUCAAAACUAAGCCUCUCUAAUACACGACUUUCAGACAAGACCAUUAUGCUAAGCCAGCUGCUUGCUAAUGUCCACACUGUACGUGAGCUGUAUCUGAAUUUUCAAAGUGAGAAGAUUUGGGUUCAACCUGAAUGCCGUAGGGUGCUCGCCCCUCUGCUCGCUGAACUACACACGGUGAAUCUCGACUAUCUUCCCGAAGAAUGUGAUAUUGCUUGGACAAUGUUCCUUCUUGAAGCAGCACCAUUAUUACAGGAGCUUUGCAUCAUAGUAUGGGAUCAUAAGUGUGGAAACGAGUCACAAAAGAGUUACUCCGAGAAAACGGAUGUGAAGUGGGAGCCAUCUUCUCGUAAUUUCAAGCAUAAGAAUCUUCGGAAGCUAACCAUCUACGGCUUUGAGUCUGACGGCAACUUCAUGUGGUACAUCAGGCAUGUCAUGGAAGCUGCGGUGAACAUCAAGGAGGUUUCUCUGCACGACAGGAAGGCCUGCAAGUUCUGCGCUGAAAGGUUUCCUCACAUGCAGGUUCGUCCUUCGACCUAUCGAAGAAGCUCUGAGGAAAAGGAUUCAUUGAGGAAGAAGAUCACAGAGGCAUCGGGGACGAUGGCUUCCCCUGCCGUAAUUCACUUCCGGGCAUAA